CGUACGAUUUUAUGUAACAUAGGUACAAUCUUCGUUGAUAUAUUUCUUCAUUGAUAUUUUUCAUUAUUAAUACAAGUAUAUAUAGAGAUAAUAUUUUCAAUUUUUCGCGCACUAAACGAAAUAAAAUCUAACACCGAACGUUACCGCAAACCACGUCGAUUAUUUUCAGGUUUAUUAGAUUAGACGAUUCAAUAUGAAAUAUGUUCUAAAAAAAAUUGUAUAUGAACGAAUGAUAUUAAGAUGAUCAAGCAAAUUGAAAUUCGACGGUUCUCAAAUUCUAUCUGAUGGUUUACGAUUUGAAACGUUAAGGUGCUUCCACACGAUUCGAUCAUAGACAUAUUGGAACAAUAAAACUUAUUCGCUAAAGAUUAUUACACGUGUGUUAACGACAAGAAAUCUUUUUUUAAUUGCGAAUGAAAUUUUUUUUUAAUGACAAAUCUUUAAGUAAAUUUUUGAGAAUCCUUAUUAAAUGAAAUUCUUUCUCGUGGCAGAUAUCACCGAUUAGCCUUGACCAGAUCACGCGCAUUCUGUUUGUACCAGUAGUCAGCACUUAUUUUGACACGUGGACGCGUUCGUUCCCACGUGUAUCGCGUUACUUGAACUCGAAUUAUCUUUACGAGUAUUCUUUCAUAUUGAAUUUUUUCUUUCUUCCUUAAUUUUUAAAGUGUAUAAAAAAAAAAAAAAAAAAAAAAAAAACAAGGAAACAAAAUUAAACGAAAUGAAUAAAUUAAAUGUUAUUGACCUAACAUUGACGAUGAUACUCCUAUUUUCUUUACCACGAACGGUGAUCUCUUAUCUGGAAAAUGCCUGGUCAGCUGGAGGAAGUUGAAGGAAAGCAUGCCACUUUUGGUAUGGGAUGUUUUUGGGCUGGUGAUUCUCUCUUUGGAGCAUUACCCGGUGUUAUAAGGACUUGUGUAGGUUAUUCUGGUGGUACUAAGGAGACACCAACAUAUAAAAACAUAGGAGACCAUACAGAAGUCAUUGAUAUUGAAUUUGAUCCAGAUGUUGUAUCAUACGCGCAAUUACUUAGUAUAUUUUGGAAUAACCAUGAAUAUAGUUUAAUUACAAAAAUUAAGCGACAGUAUAUGUCAUUAAUUUUAUAUCACGAUGAAGAACAAAAGAUGAUAGCUGAAAAAUCAAAAGACCAGGAACAAAACGAACGUGGAGAAACAUUUGUCACUGAGAUCAAACCAUUUGAGAAAUUUUAUCCAGCAGAAGAUUAUCAUCAAAAGUAUCGUCUUCAAAAUCAUCCAUGGUUGGUUGAAACUACCGGUCUUACAACAGGUGAGAUAUUACGUACUUCUCCUUUAGCAGCUAAAUUGAAUGGAUAUAUAGCAGGAGUUGGAUCAUUAGAGCAACUUGAAAAAGAUUUACUAAAUUUUGGACUUAGUGACAAAGCUGCACAGUAUAUAAAAAAAUAUCUUAUUAAAAAUCAAGGGACUGGUCUAUAUUGUUAGUUUAUUAUACAAAUGAAAUGAAUUCUACUGAAAAAAUGUAGACUGACGAAAUUAGUUCCUUACUACAAGGAAAUUUGUUGCUUAAUUUAGUUUAAUUUAUAAAACUUUGGUAUAAAUUGAUUCAUAGAUACAAAAUUUUACUUCUGCUGAAAUUAAAUGUGAGGUAUUUAUUAUAAAAUCUAAAUAAUAGUAUUAUAGCAAAUCAUAUUUUUUUCUGUUUUUAUAUCAUGUUGUAAGAUAUAGUUAGUUAAAGUUAAACGCAAUAGUUUUAUGCAUACUACAAACACCUUUUUUCAUAUAUGAUGAUAUUUCAUAUUUUUACCUAUUUUACAUUCACAGUAUUAUCCAUAUUUCUAUUGAGAGUAUAAGAAUAAAAAAGAGUACCAUCAUGGAGAUUUUAUAUAUAUAAUAGUGUACUUGUAUGCUAUAAUUUGUAAAGAUAUUACUUAUGCAGAAGCAAUUUUUAAAUAUCGCGAAUAUAUUAUAAUAUAAGUGUAAUAUCAAUUGAACCAGUUGAGAAAAGUACCUGUACAAUAGAGUAUAGGUAGUACAUUUGCAAAAGUAUCUUUACAGAGAAAAUGAAAAUAUAUUUUAAAGUGGUUAUUACAUUAUAAACAUUUAUAUUUCAUAGAAUUUUUGUCAUAUAAAAACCUAAGUUGUAAUGAUAAUCAAAUUAAAUAUAUAUUAUAUUGUUUUUAA